CAACCGUGAAUAUUGGACAAGGCGCGCCCAAAGUGUCUCACAGUUUCGUCUGUCUGAGAGUAUUGUUGGUGGAAAGCAAGCUGUUUGGAGCCUUGAGCCGGGUGUUGUGAAGAGACAUCCUCAAACCUGGGACAUAAAAUCCCCACUAGCUCGGUAGCAGAUAGGUGCAUGCUAAGAUGUACAACGGCAGAUCCGAUGAGUUCCACAUACGAAGACAUGGAUCUUGUAAGUCCAUGGCAGUGUAGACGUAAUGAAGUUCCUUGAGUACCCCAGCCUUGCUCGAUUGAGUGCCUUCCUCGAUAAUGUGGACGUUGGAGACUACAUCGUGCAGGGAGACAUAGAGGCAUAUUCUUGUAAAUUAGCUGGAUUGGACAAGAAAUUGUCGAGGAACUUGGACCAGGAGGUUCAGCUGGGCAGCUCACCUUUGGAGCUGUCAAAAUCGCCUGUGGGACCCCUAGCUGAGUCAUCCAGCCGCAAGACCCUGAUCUACCUGAUCCUGACAUUAAACCACUGCUACCCGGACUAUGAUUUCAGCCUGCUGCGCGCACACCACUUCAAAAAGGAGCCCGGCGUCGGCGCCGUGGAAGAAGCAGUGGAUUCCCACCUACUAGAAGUCUCGCGGGUGUGGGAGAACACUCCCGGGUGUGGGGAGGCGCCUUUUUUGGACAGCGUGUGGACGGCCAUAGACGAGGCACUGGCGCUGCAGGACUGCGACGUCUACUCCUACAAGAGCGACGGCGAAACCGACCCAUUCGGCGAGGUGGGCAACGUGUGGUCGUUCAACUUCUUCUUCUACAACCGCAAGCUCAAGCGCAUCCUCUACUUUGCCUGCCGCGGCCGAUCGCGUGCGGCCGCCAAUUCCAGCGCCAACGAGCAGAGCACUGGCGCCUACAACAGCGAUGAGGAGGCGGGGUUCAAGCAGGACGAUGUGACUUCGCAGUAUGGCGGCGUGGUUGGAACUCUGGAGCUGUAAGAAGCUGCCCGAACCUACCCGCAGCGGGCAGGCGCGCAGCUUCCAUGCAUCUGCCGCAGUUCCUGGACACAGGACCACAUAAUAUAUGACAAGGCUCAGCUGAAAACCUCUGGGCGCUGCAAAUGUGAGUCUGCCAAAUAUCACCGGCAGAAGGCUUGCUCUGUGGGAGUUGGUUACGCUGCAAUUGCGCACAUGCUGCAACUGCGCACAUGUAUCGAACUGCUGUGCUCGAUUACCGGAUGAGCCCUUCACAGAACGCAUGUCUGCCAAGACAGCUCGUGCUCUGUUCAUUGACGGAUGGGCUCUGUGUGUGCUGCACUUCCUUGUGCCAGGUUGGAUAAUCUGUACCAUUGGACGGUCCAAUUUGGACCACAUUGACUGAGGCUGUGAGCGUUGAGAUUGGACUGCCUUCAUGAUUUUCAGGAUGACAUGCCAUCAAAGGAAAUGCCGGUACAGCACAAUCACUGAAGAGGGUUGUGACUGUGCGGUUCAUUGCAAGUCCCAAGCAAUUUGUAGUAAGGCAUGCGUUGUUGGUUUAUUGGUAUAUGUGUUGUGAGAAGGUCUGCCUUCAGGCCACACUCGGCUGGUAGGCUUUGAGUUGUUGCUCUCAGGGCUGAUGUCACAUAUGGUAUCCGUAAUUGUCGACAAAGCGGAGGUUGAAAUGCGGGUACUUUGACUGAUGGAGUGAUGGGAAAUGUAUCUUGCAGUUUGUUGACGUGUUGCACACUGCAUCUCUAGGUUGGUAAUUCUGACAUGCCUCCACCUUGUUGUGUGGACUGCCAGACUCCACUUUUGUAGUGCGUUGUAAUAAUAUCAAGUCUUAC